UAGAGACUUCUUAAAAACUAUUCAACUCCAUCAAACCUUCUCAUAUUCUCUGCGAUGGCGGAUUCUAGUCCUGCAAGUUUCUUGACUCAAGCCGACGCUUUACUGAGGAAGAAUUUAGUUUUCCAGAAACGGAACAUAUGGAGCAACAUACGACUCAUCACAAUCCCUUUCUUUCUCUGUUUACUUCUCCUUGUUAUUCAAAUGCUCUUCGACACUCAAUUCAACGACGUCCAUGGUCAAUGUGGCUGCAACGAGAAAACUUGCGGCUUAAGGUAUUCGACUUCAGAGCAAGCAGCUUUUUGUGCCAUUCCUAAUCCACCACAAUGGACUCCACUACUUCAGAUCCCGGCUCCUGAAUACCGAGCCGCGAUCCCAUACCCGAGCCAUACUUCCCCUGCAACUUUUCUCUUCACCGGGAAUAAUCAGUCGCUCGGAAAUAGUAUAUAAACCCUAUCAAUCUACUCCUUUGAGAUGUGAAAUUUUUAUAUGUAACUCUUUUUCUAUGGUCAACAAAUUUUUUCUUUUGCUAGUUCUAAUGGGAAAUAUGUAUAGCAAUUCAUCUGGAUUUGAUGGAGAUUUAGCCUAUUAUGUCUUGGGCUCAUCAUCUUUCCCUGCAUACACCAAUCAUAUGGACUCCGCUUUCAUCUCAGAUCUUCCCAUCUACAACAUCCAACAUGAAUGCUCACCAAACUCUUCUUUCUCAAUCUUAAUUCACCAAUCACCUCUUGCUUUCCCUAAAGAGGUAAACUGUGUCCAAGGCUUAAAUUUGUGGCGGAAUAGUUCUUCGGAUGUGAACAACGAGCUUUUCAAGGGUUACCGAAAAGGAAAUCCAGACAAGAAGAUCAAUGAGUUUGCUGGAGCUUUUGAUUUUCAGAACACAAAUGGGAACAAUCUCAAUGUUAGUGUUUGGUACAACUCCACCUACAAGAACGAUACAGUGGUUCGACCGAUGGCUCUGAUACGAGUCCCUCGCUUAGUUAAUCUGGCAUCUAAUGCAUAUCUUGAGUUCCUAAAAGGUUCUGAGACAAAGAUACUCUUUGAGUAUGUCAAGGAAAUGCCUAAACCAGAGACUAAACUGAGCUUAGACAUCGCCUCUCUAAUCGGCCCGCUCUUCUUCACAUGGGUCAUUCUGUUGUUAUUUCCUGUGAUCUUAACAACACUGGUGUAUGAGAAACAACAGAGGUUAAGAAUCAUGAUGAAAAUGCAUGGACUUGGAGAUGUUCCUUACUGGAUAGUUUCAUACACUUAUUUUCUCUUGAUAUCGAUUCUCUACAUGUUGUGCUUUGCGAUAUUCGGUUCACUCAUCGGGUUAAACUUCUUUAGGCUUAAUGACUAUAGUAUCCAACUUGUGUUCUUCUUCAUAUGCAUAAAUCUUCAAAUAUCAGUCGCCUUUUUAGCAUCUGCAAUGUUUUCAGAUGUUAAAACUGCUACAGUUAUAGCAUACAUAUAUGUCUUUGGAACCGGGCUUCUAGGAAUCUUUCUUUUCCAAUUCUUCUUGGAAGAUCCUCUCUUCCCAAGAGGAUGGAUAAUAGCAAUGGAGUUAUACCCUGGAUUUUCUUUAUACCGCGGGCUAUAUGAGUUAUCACAAUCUGCGUUUGCGGGUGAUUACCGCGGGAUUGAUGGAAUGAAAUGGAGAGAUUUUGGUAAUGGAAUGAAAGAAGUGACCUGUAUCAUGCUCAUUGAGUGGCUGUUACUGCUUGGUUUAGCAUAUUACAUUGAUCAAAUCAUUUACUCCAGGAAACAUCCAUUGUUCUUCCUCCUACAAAGCACUUCCAAGAAGAAACAACACUUCUCUGACAACAAAAUAUCCAAAGUUGUUGUAGAGAUGGAAAAGCCAGAUGUGUGUCGAGAGAGGGAGAAAGUAGAGCAGUGUCUACUUAAAUCAACUAGAGACUCUGCGGUUUUAUGCAAUAAUCUCAAGAAGGUGUACUCGGGUAAGGACGGUAAUCCUCAGAAGCUCGCGGUUAGAGGAUUAUCUCUUGCUUUACCUCAAGGAGAAUGCUUUGGCAUGCUUGGUCCUAAUGGAGCAGGCAAAACCUCUUUCAUCAACAUGAUGACAGGAAUCAUCAAACCAUCGUCUGGCACAGCAUUUGUCCAAGGUCUUGACAUACUAACCGAUAUGGACCGGAUAUAUACAACAAUUGGAGUCUGUCCACAACAUGAUCUUCUGUGGGAGAAGUUGAGUGGAAGGGAACAUCUACUGUUCUAUGGAAGGCUCAAGAAUCUCAAAGGUUCUGUCUUAACACAAGCUGUCGAAGAGUCGCUUCGCAGUGUCAACCUUUUCCAUGGAGGGAUUGGUGACAAACAAGUCAGUAAAUACAGUGGAGGGAUGAAGAGACGGCUCAGCGUCGCUAUUUCUCUUAUAGGAAGCCCCAAAGUUGUUUACAUGGAUGAGCCAAGUACCGGGCUAGAUCCAGCCUCGAGGAAGAGCUUAUGGGAUGUAGUGAAACGGGCUAAGCGAAAAGGGGCGAUAAUACUCACCAGUAGAGUCUUCUAAGCAUCUUAUCUCCUUUUUGUUCUGCCUUAUAAUGUUUUCAUACACAAGAAAACUUCAGCUUUGGUCUUAUGCUUCAGCACAUUCAAUGGAAGAAGCUGAAAUUUUGUGUGACCGUAUAGGAAUUUUCGUCGAUGGUAGUUUGCAAUGCAUUGGCAAUCCAAAGGAGUUGAAGAGUCGAUAUGGAGGAUCCUAUGUAUUGACUGUGACAACCUCGGAGGAACAUGAGAAAGAAGUAGAGCAAUUAGUGCAUAACAUCUCUACGAAUGCAAAGAAGAUAUAUCGAACCGCGGGGACUCAGAAGUUUGAGCUGCCAAAGCAAGAGGUGAAGAUUGGUGAGGUGUUUAAGGCUUUGGAGAAGGCGAAGACAAUGUUUCCAGUAGUUGCUUGGGGACUUGCAGACACAACUCUUGAAGAUGUCUUUAUAAAGGUUGCUCAAACUUCUUAACUAACAACUCUUUUGAAUGAUUCCUUCAGAUCAAUCUCAAUCUUUUCUAUAUCUUAUGUCAAGCUCAAAAUCACAAACUAUAUUUCAUAUAACUCUCUCUAGCCACUUAUGCUCUUAAGAAAAUCAUUUAUUUCCGUAAAUAGUUAAUACGAGCUUUCGAGUCUAAAAAGGGAAACAAUGGAUAGACUUCAUUUAGACGU